AUGAAUCCGUGUUGUUUCAAAUUAUGUGGUUCUUAUAAUAGCAAUAAUUUUGUUGUUGCCGAUUAUGAAACAAUUGAGUCUGUCAAUAAUUCUCAGGAUUCUAGUGUAAAUUCCAAACCAACAACAACAAAUGUGUAUAAACUUAUUGCUGUAACCAAAACUACUCCUCAGCAGUUACUCAUGAAAAAAAUACAGGAAAAGCAAUAUGAAGAUGCAUUGCAAUUAGCAUUGAAAUAUAAUUUGGAUAAAGAUUUAGUUUAUAAGCAUCAAUGGUGUAAUAGUUCAGUUCUAGAAGAAUCUAUUAAUAAUAUUUUGAGCAAAGUAUCUGAUAAGCAAUGGAUCGUGCACGAGUGUUGCAACAGAGUUUCAGAAACAUUAAUUGGAGCAAAGCAAUUGAUUGCAUACGGUUUAGAAAUAACUGAUUUCUCUGCAUACCUAAGUAUAGAAUCUGAAAACACGAGGACAUUCAGCCAAGAAGGUAAAGAAUUUAUUAUAUCAAGAUUAAAACUCUUAAAUUACUUGGAUAAACUAACUACUUAUGAAAUGGUAUUGAAAAAAAUGGAUGGAAACAGUGAAGCACUUUACAGCGCACGCACAUAUACACAUCUUAGAGAUUUGAGUCCUUUACAAUGGGCUUUGCAGUUGGCUAGACAGUGCCAAGUUGAUGCAGUUUCUAUUGUUUUUACCUACUACAGUGAUCAUGUUAUUCCAUACUGGUUGGACAUAUUGAAUGAUUUUCCAGAGACACUAAUGCUGAAGUUGUACAGACAUUUAUUGCCAGUUUGGGAUCCAUCUGAAAAGAAAGUUAUAUUAUUAGAAUCGAAAAUCUUAAGAGAACUUGAUUGGUGUGAGUCUGAUAGAUUUAAAUUAUUAACUGGCACUUUUGAGAACAUAAAAACUGUUUCUUUAACUGAACACGGCCUCAUUCAUUGGUAUACAAAAAGAAUUAGAAACAUUGAGUUAUGUACUAAAUUAGUCCAACAUACGUUAGAAAUGGCUACCAUUGCUCGCGAAAAUAACAUCAAGGGGUUAGAACAAUUGCAUGAAGAUUUAUCCGUUCUAGAAGUAUUGGUAUAUGAAGUGGGCUUAGAAAAUAUGUUUUUGGAAGAUAUUGAACAAUUGAACACUUUAGAAAAAGCAUCAUUGUUUAUGUCUAGGUGUGAUGACAAUUUGUUCUUGAAUAAUCUAACAAACUAUUUCUUACCAUUUAUUCAAACUAAAGCUGAUACAUUUUAUUUGCUGGAGCAAUAUCUAAUACAGACAAGUCAAAGUUCAUUAAAAAAAUUGUCACAGUAUUUUGAGUAUGUCCAAAUUAAUGGUUGGUGUAUAAAUGUAUCAGAUGAAGCAAAAAUAGUUUUAGGUCUUAAAUGCAUUUAUACGUAUACAAGAACUGAUCAAUUAGAUGAGGCACAAAGUAUUGUUUUGUCAUUGUUAAAAAGUGUAAAAAAUACUGUUGAAAAUAGAUCUAAUAUAAAACAACUUGAAGAUACUAAGCAAAUUAUAAAUGCUUCAAAAUUAUUACUAACAUAUGGUAUUCGAUAUCCACUUAAAGUGUUGAUCGAUAAUUUGACCAACAUUGUUUUUUUCCGAAAAGUUAUGAUAUCCAUAUGUGAAUAUACAUCAAUAAAUAAUCAAACUGAAAAGUAUUGGUCAAAUGUACUUGGUGAUUUGUUAAAAAUUGCAGAGUUAUGUUUCCCGGCACUUUCAACUGAAAUAUGUUACGAGGAAUAUGUCAAAAUGCUGUUGGGUAGUCAAAAUCAAAAAAUAAUACCAUUAAGUAAAGAUGUUUUAUUGGGUAAAUUACCAGAGCACUUAAGUUUAAGGAUUGUUAAAGACACAUUUGAUAUGUAUUUCGAUCGAGCAAAGUCUUUCAAUGAUGCAUCAAUGGCCUUAGCAAAAUUAUGUUUACAAAUUAUACCUAAUGCUGAAGAUUUACUAUUACAUGAAUGGAAUUUAAUUUCUGCUAUGACAAUAUUUAACACUCUUGGUACCAAAUUACUUCCAGUCCAAGUGCGUCAAUGUAAAAAUAAAUGGAAGUUGAUAGACAUUACUAUAUCUUCUAAACCAAACAAUUAUACAUUAUUGAAGAAGUUAAUAACAUUAGCUAACAAAUUGGGUAUUAAAUGUCAUGAUAGCUUUAUUUCUACCGAAUCCAAUAUUUUAUUCAAAUGUGCUAUGGCUGCAUAUCAAGCUAAUGAUUUGAAAUUUGCUUCUAAAAUAUGUGUUCAAUUGAUGGAUAAAAAUGAACCAUCAGUAUGGCCAUUAUGCAUUGAAUUAGGAGUACAUAAUGAUAUUAUUGAUAUUGGUUUAAAAAUAAAAGUUUUGUCAUUUGCUGUGCUGAAUUGUCCAGUGGAAAAAAUUGUUUCAAUUAUUGAAUUGAGGAAAUUAUUGGAAAAUGAAAAUACCGAACAAAUAAUUGGAUGUGAUUCUCAAAUAGUGGUUCCAAUAAUUAAAAAUAUCAACUACCUUGCUAUAUCAAAUAACGAAAGUUCAUUACAUUCAAAUUGUUCUAAUUGUGUUGAAGUUAGCCUAUCACAUGAUGAGUUAUUAACCAAUUUAAGAGAAUUGCUUACAGUCUCUUAUAACCAUUCAAAUUAUGACCAAGUUUUGGCUAUUUAUGGCUUCAAAUAUCUUGGAUAUGAUUCAAAAAUGUCAGUAUUAUGUUUUUUGCAUAUAUCAAACGAUAGUAUUGUAGACGACUGUUUCAAUUGUUGCGAAGGUGUUCUUAGUACUAAACUAGCACUAUAUAUUUAUGCAUUACGUUAUGCGCAUAAAUUCAUGCUCAAUGUUGACAUUUUUAAAUUACCUACAGAUCAAUUGAUCAAAGAAGUUAUGUCUGACCUUGAUGCUCAAUCUUCAGUAUCUGAUCUUGAAAUAGGAAAUUAUUUACGUAAAUAUGCGUUGUUAUAUAGUAAAUGUGCAAAAGGGUUGGAUUUGAAUGUAAGCCCAGAAGAAAUGAAUAAAGAACUUAUAAGGAUGGCUGGAACUGGUCAAGUAAAACAUUUAGAAAAAGCAUUGGAAAUAUGCCAUAGGCAAUCAUUAGAUAUAAAUGAUAAGCUAUUGUUAGAGUUCUUAAAACAUUGUUUACACACAAUACCUGCAAGAAAUAUAGAGGAAAUGUUAACAACAAUGGAAUUCAAUAGUUUGAUUCAGAACAACAAACAAUUUUAUAAAAGUUUUAUGCUUGAGGUUUAUGAAGAUGUGCCUGGAACUAAUCAUAAUGUUUUAAUUGCCUACUAUACUGUGCUAAAUUUUAUCAAUCCUAAUGAUCAUGGUCAGACUGAGGAUAACAUAACACCUAUUCAGCAUAUCAAACUGCUGAAGAGAGUUCAUAGUACUAUUCCAGACAUCGAUUAUAAGUUAUUAUUAAACCCUGAAACUACCUACGAAACAUUUUCUAUGGCCCAGCAAACUGGAUGUAGUGCUCCUGUACUAAAUAGAUUGUUGAAAAGUCUACCGGAGAAAAUACAACAUCUUAUAAAACUAUCUCGUUCUACAUCUUCAGUGUCUGAUGUCUGUCAAGAUAAUGUGGAUUUCAAUCAGUUAAUACAACAGACUAAAUCACCGGCGGAUGUUGAUAAAAUUGUUAAACUAUUAUCUCAGGCAAACGAAUUUAAUAAAGUAUGGGUUGAAGCUUUGAAGCGGUUAUUAGUGUUUCAACCACACGAGUUUCGAAUUUCAAUAUCUGUACUAAAAUACACCUGUAGUAAACACAAUUUUACAAAACAAGAAUUAGAAGACUUUAGUAGUAUCCCAAAUGUAAACAUUAUUUUACUUUAUUUGUUUUAUUUAUUAUCUGGUGAAAGUGCUGUAGAAGCAUCUGCUAUAAGUUUUUUUAAAACUAACCAUGAAUUGCCUGAUUUGGUAUUGGACACUAUUCUUGAAUAUGGUCUGGUAGAACAAUUGGUUGAAUGUGAAGAGAUGAUGAACAAACUUACACGUCGAGCAUUAGCUGGGAAUAGUGGAAAAAAUUGCCGAUUAGUCUGUGAGCAGUUAGCCUCUACCGGGCGUAGUUUAUUGGCUGGUUCGUUAUAUUUAAGUCAUAAUGGUGUACCAGCUGCAUUGAGAACCAAUGUGGCUGCAAGAGAAAUAUCUGAAAGCUAUUUAGGCAGAAAUACAAAAGAUAAGUGA